GCGCUGUUCAGCUGAACUUUCGGCAAGUCAUCAUCAUCAUUCGUUCUCAAAUCUCUGGUUCCCAACUUGAGAAUCAAGGAAGAAAAACAUUCAUCCUCCGAUUGAGGCCCCAAUCGCUCUUGGAGAGUCGAUCGUUCCAGCUUCGUUAGGAGCACCUCCAAUCUGCGGAUAUCCCGGUGUUCAAUUGGUUCUAUCCUGACCCGUUCCUCCUGUUCAUCUUCUUUGUCUUCUUCGUCGCGAUCAUCAUGUCUCGCGGUUCAAGUGCCGGUUUCGAUCACUACAUCACCAUCUUCAGCCCGGAAGGACGGCUCUAUCAGGUCGAAUACGCCUUCAAGGCCAUCAACUCAACCGGGACCACAUCGGUGGCUGUCAAGGGCGCGGAAACGUCGGCUGUGGCCACACUCCGCAAGGUGCCCGACAAACUGAUUGACGCCUCCUCAGUGACCUCGUUGUACGCCAUCACGGACACGAUUGGCUGCGUCAUGACCGGCAUGGUGGCCGAUGCCAAGAAUCAAGUCCAACGGGCUAGAUACGAGGCGGCCAGUUUCAAGUACAAGUUCGGCUACGACAUGCCCGUGGAUGUGUUGUGUCGUAAGAUCGCCGACAUUUGCCAGGUGUACACGCAAAACGCCGAGAUGCGCCCCUUGGGCUGCGCCAUGAUCUUGAUCGCCUAUGACGAGGAUCUAGGCCCCUGCGUGUAUAAAUCCGACCCGGCGGGCUAUUUUUGCGCUUUCAAGGCUUGCUCCGUGGGCGCCAAGCAAACUGAGGCCAAUUCGUUCUUGGAGAAGAAGUUGAAGAAGAAGAGUGAGUUUUCUCAUGAGGAAACCAUUCAAACGGCCAUCAACUGCUUGUCCACAAUUCUGUCCGCUGAUUUCAAGCCCAGUGAGAUUGAGGUGGCUGUGGUGUCUAAGGACCAACCCAAAUUCACCAUCCUGAAUGAGAAAGAAAUCGAGGAACAUCUGACCGCGAUCGCAGAGAAAGACUAGACCACUCGAAUAUCGCCCAUUGUCCUGGGAACGGAUGGCCGAAUACGAAAUCGGUCCCUAUUUUACGCCUACGAGCUUUGAUGAACAUAAUAGAAAAGAAAUCACGGUU